AUGCCGUGGUUUCCCAACAUUAGAGAAUCUGAAAGCCUGAUUUCUGAGCACAUCCUCUUCAGAUGUGAUUUUGAGAAACUUAUCCUGGUGUUAACUAGAGAGAAGAUGAGGGAGAUCCUGCACAUCCAGGGUGGGCAGUGUGGAAACCAGAUUGGUUCCAAGUUCUGGGAGGUGGUGUGUGAUGAGCAUGGCAUCGACCCCACCGGGCGGUAUGUCGGCACCUCUGACCUGCAGCUGGAGCGUGUCAACGUCUACUACAAUGAGGCCUCAUGUGGUCGCUUUGUGCCCCGUGCUGUCCUUAUGGAUCUUGAGCCGGGCACCAUGGACAGUGUCCGUACUGGACCGUACGGGCAGAUCUUCCGCCCUGACAACUUUGUGUUUGGGCAGUCUGGUGCUGGUAACAACUGGGCCAAGGGUCACUACACCGAGGGUGCUGAGCUCAUUGACUCCGUUCUUGACGUUGUCAGGAAGGAGGCUGAGAACUGUGACUGCCUUCAAGGUUUCCAAGUAUGCCACUCUCUUGGUGGUGGUACUGGAUCAGGCAUGGGGACCCUUUUGAUAUCAAAGAUCAGGGAGGAGUACCCUGACCGCAUGAUGCUUACGUUCUCUGUUUUCCCCUCACCGAAAGUAUCUGAUACUGUGGUUGAGCCUUACAAUGCCACUCUUUCGGUCCAUCAGUUGGUUGAGAAUGCAGAUGAGUGCAUGGUUCUUGACAACGAGGCCCUUUAUGACAUCUGUUUCAGGACUCUCAAGCUGACCACUCCCAGCUUUGGAGAUUUGAACCAUCUGAUCUCUGCCACCAUGAGCGGAGUGACCUGCUGCCUGAGGUUCCCCGGCCAGCUGAACUCCGACCUCCGGAAGCUGGCGGUGAACCUGAUCCCCUUCCCGCGUCUCCACUUCUUCAUGGUCGGGUUCGCGCCGCUGACCUCGCGCGGCUCCCAGAUGUACCGCUCCCUCACGGUCCCGGAGCUGACCCAGCAGAUGUGGGACUCCAAGAACAUGAUGUGCGCCGCCGACCCCCGGCACGGCCGGUACCUGACGGCCUCGGCCAUGUUCCGCGGCAAGAUGAGCACCAAGGAGGUGGACGAGCAGAUGAUCAACGUGCAGAACAAGAACUCGUCCUACUUCGUGGAGUGGAUCCCCAACAACGUCAAGUCGAGCGUGUGCGACAUCGCGCCCAGGGGCCUGUCCAUGGCGUCCACCUUCAUCGGCAACUCGACGUCCAUCCAGGAGAUGUUCCGGCGCGUGAGCGAGCAGUUCACGGCCAUGUUCCGGCGCAAGGCCUUCCUGCACUGGUACACGGGCGAGGGCAUGGACGAGAUGGAGUUCACCGAGGCCGAGAGCAACAUGAACGACCUGGUCGCCGAGUACCAGCAGUACCAGGACGCCACCGCCGACGAGGAGGAGGAGCUGUACGAGGACGAGGACGACGCCGACCUCCAGGAGUAG